UCUCUCUUUCGGUCAGCGUGCACUUUGCGCUACGGUAAAAGUGAUUUCAAUGAAUUAAUGUAAAAUAAUAGAAAUAAUUCUAAAAUUUAAUAACAAAUACUAAAAACAACAUGUGUGUGAGUGAAUAAGCAAUAUAAAAAGAUCUGCUUGAGCAUUAUAAAGGUUAAUGUAAGCCAAAAAACGGUUAAGAACCAGAGGAAACCAAAAUCUAUAUAUACCAAAAUCCAUCAUAAAACCACAAAAAUCUCCUCAAACAUCGCGUGUGUGUUUUGCCUGUGUGUUUGUUUGUAUGCGCGGAUCCGUCGGCCUUUUCUUCCUCCGUUUUUGUUUCUUUUGCGCGUCUUAUAAGCCGAGCUAAAACCGAUCCUCGAUUUCGUUGCAAGUUGUUCCUUUCGGUUUUUCGGUCUUUGGUUUUUUGGCCUCUGUCUUUGUCCCGGGCACGUAAUCCCUAUCCCUCUCUCUAUCCCCCUAAUCAACCUGCUGAUCUGCCGAUCCCACCGGAGGGUUAAAACAUAUAUAUACACCUAUACCAUAUUAUAGUGUAAAAGGGAGUGAGUGAGAGAAAGAGAGAGAGCGCGCCAGAGAUAGUCAUCGGUGCUCCCGACUCCAUCAAGAUUGUGCGCCUAAUUUGAAGCUGUAAUUAAUUUGGAUACCCUAAUAAAACAAAAAAAAAAUACAAUCUCAACCGAAAGACGGGAAUCCAGAACGAAGAACCUACAAGAAUUAAGAACCCAGAAGACCCCCGCCUUCCCCGUUUCUGAGGGGCGCUAUUUUAUUGCUCCGCACCGAUGCCUGCGCAAUAUGGAAUUGGCUUUUUGUAAAACAGAUCUAUCUGCCACAAAAUUUAUGCUUCCCCCCGCUUUGCCCACAUCUGCUAAUAUUGGUUCCACAUCGGCGGUGGCUUCAACGGCAUCCCACUUCCUCGACAAGGCGGCUCAGGAGUUCUUCCAGUUGAACGCCAUCAACGGACAUCACCUGUUCAAGACCCCGGCAGCUGGUAAUCAUUUCAAUUCCUCUGGAAAUCCCUCGCUUUUGAGCCAACUCAACGGCAUUAACCAUAGUAGUGGCAGCAGCAGCAGCAACAAUCAUUCGGGCCAAGUCGUUAGCACCAUGAGGCUCAAGAAAAACCGCAAAGUUACCUUUCUAUCCAGCUUAGUUGAGUCGAAAAAUAUCUUCAUCAAGGAGGAGCCCAUACAUGGCUGCAAGGAUCUCUGCAGUUUGUCGGACAUUUCCGAUCAUGAGGAGUCAUUAGAUGUUCCCACCGCCUUGCCACCCCUUACACCUGGCACCAAUCGCAAGGUCAAUGAGGUCCUGAAGGCCUCCUUUGCCUCCUGGGAAAAGGAGGUACAAAAAUGCAACAUAACCAAAGAUCCCCGUGAAUGGACGGAGGAGCAUGUCAUCUACUGGCUAAAUUGGGCCAAAAAUGAGUUCUCACUGGUCUCGAUGAACCUGGAUCCCUUCUACAAAAUGAAGGGCCGUGCCAUGGUGGAUCUCGGCAAGGAGAAGUUCCUGGCCAUCACCCCGCCCUUCACCGGCGACAUACUGUGGGAGCACUUGGACAUCCUGCAAAAAGAUUGCGAGAAACCAAAUGAGGAUAUUGUCCAUGGCAAUUCCUUUGAGUCGGCCACCACUGCCUCGGUCUGUGGAUCGGACCACCAGGUGGCCAAUUACCCCACCGAGCCACCCGCCAACAACAACAACAACAAUAAUAGCAACAGCAGCAUAAAUAGCCGCCUGUCUAUGGAUUAUGUGACGUCGGCGGGGAAUAGUGAUAAUAAAAACUUCCACCGAGCCACGCCCCACUCCCAUAACGGCUACAACACCAGCAACACACACGACCGCAGCAACAACAGCCCGCCCCCGCAGCAACAGCAAUCGCAGCAGCAGCAGCCGACUGUCAAUGGCAGCGGCAGUGCCAGCAGCAACAACAACAACAACAACUCCAUGCUACCGCCCGCUGCCCAGCAGAAUAACAACAACGAAAACAACAACAACACCAGCAGCAGCAACACCAACAGCAACAACAGCAGCGGCAACAAUAACAGCGGCAGUAGCAGCAACAACAACAACGCCAAUGCGGGCAGCAAUAACAACAACAAUAACAAUAACAAUAUUAACUACAUGACAGCCAUGGCGGCGAUUUACCAACAUCAACUUAAAGAGGAGCCAGGCACUCAGAAUAGUAACCUCGGUGGCUAUGGGGGAAGCAAUAGCCAGAAUGAUCCAACAGAUUUAAGUAGUUAUGGCUUACCCGCUCACCUGGCAGCCUAUACAGGUGCUGCAAGUGGGCAAUCAGUGGGUGGUGGAAGUUCAGGUGGCGGUGGUGGUGAUGAAAGCGAUUAUCACAGCACGAUCUCGGCGCAGGAUCACCAGAGUCAGCAAUCGAGUGGAGGCAAUGGCAGUGGAGGAGCAAGUGGCGGUAGCACUGGUAACAGCAAUGGUUACAUGGACAGCAGUUCGGAGUUCUAUGCUUCGUAUGCGGGAAGGGGUCGCUUCCAUGACGGCUAUCCCGAAUUUACACCAUACGAUGCCCAAUCCUUCCAGUCGAUGGGCGCCCAGCCCACAGCCAUGGAUCAAUGGGGUGCUGCUCAUGCGCAUCAGCAUCCGGCGGCUUACAUGAGCACUUUGGGUCUGGACAAGAGCCUGUUGGGUGGUUAUACGACGCAAGGUGGUGUGCCGUGCUUCACGGGAUCGGGUCCCAUACAGCUGUGGCAAUUCCUGCUCGAAUUGCUGCUGGACAAGACAUGCCAGAGCUUCAUCUCGUGGACAGGCGAUGGCUGGGAGUUUAAGUUAACGGAUCCAGAUGAGGUGGCUCGCCGUUGGGGCAUCAGGAAGAACAAACCCAAAAUGAACUACGAGAAACUUAGCCGUGGUCUUCGCUACUAUUAUGACAAGAACAUCAUCCACAAGACGGCUGGCAAGCGAUAUGUCUACCGUUUUGUCUGUGAUCUCCAGAAUCUAGUUGGGCACACCCCCGAGGAGCUGGUGGCCAAAUAUGAUCUUAAGAUUGAGAAGAAAGAUGUGGAUUAGCUGGGGAGCAGCGACGAAGCUGCCUGAAUCGGGAGCAAGUCCAGGCGAUCUGCUCCAAGCCACGGAUUGUACUCAACCAACCGCAAAAUACUUUCGAGCGUUAUUGUUUACCAAGCGUGAUGUUAGCUAUUAAGCAGCCCCCCAAAAAAUCUGCGAUCUUGCUACGAGAUUAAAGUGUUGGCCAAGAAAACCCACAACCACCCUCCCCUCCCCCCCUUUUGCUUGUAAUAUUAUCAUGUAAAAAAUAAUUAGACUUUUGAAUUAAUUUGAAAUUAAUUUAAAAAUACUUGAAAGUUAGUUUUUUAAGACGAUCAAGAAGAGUAAAAGAGAACCAGUUGGAUAUCGAUGAAGCGAAUUAAAUUUGAGAAUUCUCUGUGUGCAAUGCGAUGAUGCGGUGUUUCCUCGUCCACACAUAGUCUGUAGAUGAAUGUCAGUUGCAAGGAUCGAAAAGUUGAUAGAGGCCAUAUAAAAAAAAAAAGAAAAGAAAAGAAAAGAAAAGCAUGUGUCCAACCUUCCCAACCCCACAACAAAAAGUGAUAUUAGAGCGCAACAUUUUGUUAUACUUACAUAAUCAUUUUACCCGCACGGGGCACCACCACAAACAUUUCAAAAUCAUGCAUGUAUAUAUAGCGAUGAGGAUGUGUGUCUGUAUGUAUGGCAUUAUAAGUUAGUAGGUCUCUAGUAUUUAUGUUAUAACCUAGUACAACUAAGUUUUCCAACUUCCAAUGCCUCUAUAUAUAUUAUUUUCUCUGUUCUUCUAUGCGCUUCCGUGCGAUCCCAAAAGUUUUAAACGUAAAACGGCACAAAAGUUGAUCUUCUAUUCUGGAUUAACUCUUGUUAGCUUCUAUUAUAUAUAUAAUACUUAGUAAGUAACUAGUGCGUUAAUGGACAGUUCAAGAAGUGUUUUAUUUACCUUGUAAAAUGUGUCUGUCUGUGUGUGUAUAGCUAUUAACUACUUAAGUCUAGCUCGUAGAUGCUUAGCCACGUAUUACACGCAUAAACAUAACGUUAUAUCGAUACAUAGAUACACGUACAUUUGUAGAGCAAUUCUAAAAUAUUGUAUUUAUACAAGCGUAAAUCGUAAUAUUAAAAGCUACCAAUUAACAUUGCUAAAAUGAUAAAACAAAAAAAACCAAUAAAUGAAAAAAAAUAUAUGAAAUUACAUCAAAAA